UUGAGCCCCUGCGCGCGCCUGUAAGCAGAGACUGUUACCAAGGAGAACCAAAGCGGGAAGAGUCGCUUCGACGCCUGAAUUUAUAAUGGUGUUUAUUAAGUUAGUUAGCUAACCUAUAACGCGUCAAAUAAACUCAGUACUGUGUGUUAAAGUAGAUUUUCAGUGCCUGAGGCUCAGUAUUGUGGUGCAGUGAUGUUUUCUGCAUUAGUCUGUCUGUUCACGGACAGAAUAAACGUUAAUGUGAUUAAUAAUUUGUGUUAGCCUCUGCUAACAACACUGACGGUAUAUUAGCUAGCUGACCUAACGCUAACUUACUAGAUAACUAACUAGAUAUUAUUAUUAUCUGUUCAUUAUUGGCUGUGUUAUUCUAAAAAAAACAUACAGCUAACCUAGUUGGCUUAUAGUUUUUAUCCUAAAUCUCAGGGUUGGCUUUGAGGAUAAGCUUCAUGACUGACUGUGAAGAAUCAACUAGGUAUUCCUCACCACCUCAGGACAAAAAGGUGGAUGAGUGUGAUGCUAGAGCAAAUACUGGAGCAGGACCUUUUACAAAUCUAGAAGAAACAGAGGCCGAACCAGAGGAACACUCUGUAACUGGUCUGUUAAACCCUGUAAACCACCAGUACUGCCAAGCUAUUCCAGAAAUCAGAGACAACACACCACCAUUUACAGGCUCCUGCUCAGAGAACACACUGAGUGGAGCAGUGAGAGAGAGAGAGGAGGAAUACCAACUGGCUGAUGCCCAGAUCGAACAGACUGGAGACUCAGGGCAGGUCGAGCGUUACUACCUGACAGCUAAGAAAUUACACUCCAUUGUGGAAGCUUCCAAGCGAGAAAAACCUGACGAUGCUGGGUCAUUUCUGCCCCCUACUGAGAGCGUGCUGGAUGAAAAGCAGAAUGCCUACCCCCAGUCCAGUGAUGAACCCCAUGCUGUGACCAAAAACAGCGGUUCACUUUGGGAUGAAACUGAAGUACCUUACACAAUGGUUCCAGACGAGGAUACAGUUUAUGAUGAUCUCUCUAUGGAGACUGCCGGUUCAUAUAAGGAAGUGGUGCCUUACACUCCCCCCUUACAAAACUCACCUCUUUGUCCAGACCAUAGCUAUCAGUAUAACCAGCUGAUAGAGCUUCUUCAUCAACAAGAGCAGAAGUGUCGAAGAUACUGCCAACAGUUCAGCCAUAUGGGAAACAUAACUGAGACAACAAAGUUUGAAAGUCUUGCAGAGGAGUGUGUCUCUCUUACUGAAGCUGUAAGAGAAGCACAAGUCAAUGGAUAUCCCCUCCCAAGGUUUCAUAUGGAGGAUCGCACCUAUAAUAUAUUUAAGAUUAUACCAGAGCUGAGUGGAAGUGAGAUGUUACUGACCAUAGUGAGAGGCAUCAAUCUGCCCAUUCCUGAAGGAACGUCUCCAAAUGAUUUAGAGUCCAGCGAGGAUGCUCAAAGGGAUCAGACUCGUUCAAUCAAAACCUCUUCUAGUCCAGAGUUUGGAGAGGAGUUUACACUCUGCAUUAAGCGCGGACAUCGAGGCUUUAAGAGAAUCGUGAUGUCUAAAGGCAUCAAGUUUGAGAUCAUUCAAAAGAGUGGUCUAUUUAAGACUGAUAAAGUGGUGGGCUCUGCUCAACUGAGGCUCGACUCCCUGGAGAGCAAUUGUGAGAUGAGACAGCUAAUAGAGGUUUUCCAAAGGAGAACUCCCACAGGAGGGCACUUGGAGGUACGAGUGAAAAUUCGGGAGCCCCUGAGUGGACCACAAUCUGAAACAGUGACAGAGAAAUGGCUGGUUAUGGACCCACUAACCUUACCACUGGUGGUUUCUACUAAGCCUCCGGUUCAAGAUAACCCUGUGAAACAAGUGAAAAACAGGUCGGCCACAUGCAGUGUUCUUUGACAAGAAACCAUCCAACAAUGCUUUACUCCAUUAUUUUGUCCAGAUUUUGUUCUCAGCAGUUCGAGCUCAGACAUUUUAUACAGUGGUCUAAGUUCUGCA